AUGGCGCAACCGGCCAUGUCGCCCUUUUCUCAAGCUGUUGUCGCGGCGAUGAGGAAGAUCUAUCCAGAGUCCCUCGCAGACAAGAGCUUCGACAACACCGGACUACUCCUUGAAUCACCUUUCGACCCCAAGCAACAGCUGAAGAACUCUGUGCUGCUCACAACCGACCUCACCAAAGCGGUCGCCGACGAAGCCAUUGCCCGGAGAGAUUCCAUAAUCGUGGCCUAUCACCCCAUCAUAUUCCGCGGCCUCAAGUCCAUCACUCUUCAAGAUCCUCAACAAAAGUCACUACUACGCCUCGCCCAAGAGGGAAUCAGCGUGUAUUCGCCGCACACGGCCGUCGAUGCAGUGCCCGGGGGCAUGGCAGACUGGCUCUGCGACAUUGUCAGCGGCUCUGUCUCGGGGCCGUCAGCUUCUUUACAGAAUGACCUCCAGAAUCAGACUCAGCAAUCAGAUCCAACAUCAUCAUACUCCGACGUGAUAUACCCCCAAGCCGGCCACAACGAGAUCCAAACCACAAACAUCAUCCCACACACUCGCAGCGCAAUCCACCCAUCCCCUGACCCCGUCCCAUCCGGCUUCGAAGGCGCCGGCGCCGGCCGCAUUCUCACAUUCACAGACCCCCAACCCCUGGCCACACUGCUCGACCGCAUCGGACGCGCCACUGGAAACCCCGGCUCCCUGUCCGUCGCCAUCCCACAAGACGCCUCAAUCUCAUCUCUAAACAUCACAACCGUAGGCGUGUGUCCGGGGUCUGGCAGCGGCGUACUCACGAAAGGCAGCGUGCUACCAGACCUCCUGUUCACGGGCGAGCUGAGCCACCACGAAGCUCUGGCUGCGAUCGAGCGUGGUUCUGUCGUUGUUACGCUGUUCCAUUCGAAUACCGAGCGCGGCUAUCUUCAUGAUGUGAUGCGUUCGAAUCUGGCAGAUGCGCUCAAGCAGGAUGGCCAGGUUGCUGUUAGCAAGGCUGAUCGGGACCCGUAUGGGAUUGUGGUUAGGAAAUAG